CACCUCACUCAUUUUUUGUCUCGCCCAAACGAGUAGAGAGAGACUCAGAGAGAUCUCUACUUGAACAAAAACAGACAAUGGUAAAUUUGGUUUUUGUUUUGGGAAUAAUGUUAGGGGCUUACGCUUACUUUUCGGAGAUAUGGAGGAAGAAGCAAUCAGAUUUGAUGAGGUGUCUGCUGAGGUGGAGGUGCUGGGAAUAUCGCCUGCUUCCUUCCAUCUUGCGUGUCAGACACCCUACUCAUCCUGAUAAAGCCAACAGAUUGGGUUACAAGGCCAAGCAGGGCUAUGUGAUUUACCAUGUCCGUGUAAGUCGUGGAGGGCGAAAGCGACCAGUUCCCAAGGUUCUCAACUCAUAGUGGCUCAAUGAGGUUUGUACGAGAAUCACUUGUGAUUUCAGAAGGGAUAUGGCUUCAUCCUAGAAGCCAGAUGUGUUCGCCUACCGAACACUAUUGAAUGCUUGAUUAAGGAGAGUGAGGCCUCUGGGGAAUAUAUUCCUGUUGCGGGAGUGUAGUUGUGAUACAGGCUUCAAAGAAGCAAAAAAAACUAGGCAUUCAUGUACAUUUUAGUGGGAGAUUGUUCAGUAGAUAGGCAAAGAAUGUAUCAACCUAAUUCGGAGAUGGUUUCCAAGCCUAUCUCCAUGGAUGGUUUAUUCAGAGACAUUUUUUCCAUGGUUUUAUCUUAGUUGUUACCACAUUUGAGGCUUU